AAGGCUAUUUGAACAAGAUUCAUGUUAAAGAGUAUGAACUAAUUAGUUUGCAAAAAACUCAAUUACAUCAAACUGUUAUUAAUAGUACAGAGGAUAGAGAAAAUAUUGAUCCUUUAUUUAUAAAUCCUUAUAAAGUCAUUAUGAAAGAAAGACCAAGAAAAGCAGAACAUCAUAAUAAAACUAUCCUUAAUUCAACAUUGAAAAAUAAAAAAACAUGA